GUCUCAGGGGGUGUAUGUGCUUUAUCCACGUCGGACUUUUCCUCUUCCAACAACAUCUGUCCUCGUUCAUUUAUGCUGAAUGUGAGUUGUUGGAAGCUAAAUAUUGAUGUGGCCUAGUUUGAAGAGAAAGGUUCAGGUGGGCUCAAUGGAUUAUUUGUGAUUAUAUUAGUCGGUCGAUCUUAGGGAUGUAAGAGUUUUAGCAAGGAUUGGAGUGUUGAUAUUUUGAAGGGCGAAACUAUUUUGGAAGAUCUAACCAUGGUCGAGUGUGAGUGUCUGGGACCAAUCUAAGGUGGAUUCUGAUGCUUUGGAAGUUAUUAAUAUGUAGAAUAGAAAGGAGAGCUCUUUUAAGUGAUAUCAAGGUCCCAGUGAGAACAUCAUUUUUAUUGCAAACUCUAUUAAUAUCUCUUAUUUUUAUCACAUCUUCGAAGAGGAGAUAAAACAACUCAUGCUGUUGCAACUUUGAUCUGUAAGGUUGUUCUUUGUUCCGUAAGAUGUCCGUGUACUUUCCCUCUCAUUCAUUAUAAGAAAGUGAAGGAGUAGUUGGUUAGGUUUCUCUUACGGCAAAAUGUGAACUUUAUUUCUUAAUUAAUUUUAUGUUAUUUAUAAAUUAUAUAAUUCCAAUUUGGGCGCCGCUUCUGCAGCUAAAAUUUCUAAAUGACCAUGAUCUUUAAAUUCCUCCGUCUCUCAUGGCUACUUCUCUAGUGCCCAGAUCCUUGUUUCGCAUUCUUCAUCUUGUUACCACAAGCCCCUUUACUUUGGCCGCUCAAUCGUUCAAUCCCUUCAAGUUCUGUGCAGCUCGAGCUAUGAGUUCUGAGUCAACUCAGUGCCUUUUUCAGUUGAAGUUUGAUCCACUUACCGGCAACUCGGAGUGGGUAGUCAUCGAAGAAGAGGUUGAAGGAGUUUCAGAGAAUUCCCAGAAACCCCUUUUGGCCACAACUUCAUAUUUGGAUAUGCUCAAUGAUUCCACUAGAAACAGAGCGUUUCGCGAAGCCAUUGACAAGACUAUAUCAAAGCCUUGCCGUGUUCUUGAUAUUGGUGCUGGAACUGGUUUGUUAUCAAUGAUGGCUGCACGAGCAAUGGACUCGGUCAUGGGUGAUUCCAAGGGAAUGGUUACGGCUUGUGAAUCUUAUCUUCCAAUGGUGAAAUUGAUGAGGAAAGUCUUGCGUCUUAAUGGGAUGGAAAGGAAAGUAAAAAUUAUUAACAAACGCUCUGAUGAACUUCAGUUUGGUGCUGAUAUUACUUCUCGAGCUGAUGCCCUUGUUAGUGAGAUUUUGGACUCAGAACUGUUAGGUGAGGGGCUUAUACCGACCUUACAACAUGCAUAUGACAAGCUUUUAGUGGAAAAUCCACUGACUGUGCCAUACAGAGCAACCAUAUACGGCCAGCUGGUUGAGAGCACAUACUUGUGGAAGCUUCAUGAUUUAUGUAACAACGAAGCAAAUGCAUGUGAUAGCAUCCAUCUUGCUCCAGUAGGGAUGGAUCCUAUUGUAUGUAUCAAGCCACAGCAAUAUGCAAUGCAUUGUGAUGCGAUUGCCAAUGAAAUAAAGCUGCUCUCAGAACCCUUCAGAGUUUUUGAAUUUGAUUUUUGGAAACGUCCAGAGAGUCAUGCUGAAAAUGAGUUGCGCAUCAAGGCAACUGACAGUGGUAGAGUUCAUGCUAUAGUGUCAUGGUGGAUGCUGCAGCUCGAUCGUGAAGGAACAGUCUUUUAUUCCACUGCCCCAAAGUGGAUAAGUCCACCUUUCAAUGUAGGAGCUGGUGACUGGUGUGACCAUUGGAAACAGUGUGUUUGGUUUAUCCCAGGCAACGGUGUGUCGAUAUCCAAGGAAGAAGAAGUUCAUUUAUAUGCUUCUCAUAAUGAUACUACAUUCUCAUAUCAUCUGAAGGCUCAAAUUCCUGGAGGUGAGGUUUUGCAGCAUGGCGUUGAUGCUGAGAGUUUUAAACUCAUAUUGUCACCAGAAAGAAUUGCGGUUUAUGGAGAUAGAGAAUGGAGGACUGCAAUGUUAACGGCAAUAACAAAUGUGUUGCAGGGAAGAGCUUCCUCUGCAUGCAUGAUUGCAGAUGAUAGUGUUUUCUUAACACUUAUGGUUGCUUGCUUUUUGAAAACAACGCUUGUUUUGUCAUUGUUUCCUGGGAUUCGAGAAAAGGGUGCCAAGUAUUUGCAGGCUGUUUCUCAUGCAAAUGGUAUCUGUACGGAUAGUAUAAAAGUUAUUGAAAAGAGGAAAUCAUGGUUGACCGUACAUGAUACAUUUGAGAAAAAGGUUGACUUGCUUAUCAGUGAACCAUUCUACUACGGAAAUGACAAUGCACUCCCAUGGCACAACCUGCGGUUUUGGAAGGAUAGAACGAUGCUCGAUCCGGUCCUGUCUGAUGAUGUGCUAAUAAUGCCUAGUAAAGGCAUCUUGAGAGCUUGUUUAAUGUCAUUGCCUGAUCUAUGGAGCAGCCGUCGUCGAUUGGGAACAAUUGAAGGUUUUGAUCACUCUGUUACAAAUGGCACAUUGGGAGCUUGUGGACCUGAAGGACAAGAAGGCCCAUGUCUGGCUUUCUACAUCUGGCAGUGUGGAGAAUAUGAGGAACUCAGUGGGAUAUUUACAUUGAUGGAGUUUGAUUUCUCGAAACCAAUAAGCCCUUGUAGCGGGAAAAGCCAGGUUAAGGUAUCCAAGGCUGGAAUAUGUCAUGGAAUUGUACUGUGGAUUGAUUGGGUAAUAGAUUCAAAGAAUUCCAUUGUCAUAUCCACAGGCCCAGAUAAAAGAUACUGGAAACAAGGAGUUAAGCUUCUUGCCAAACCCGUGGCAAUUGGAACUCGAGCUUCGGGUGAGGACACCGAAUCCUGCUCUGCUGCCAUCGAAGCAUCCUUUGAUCCAUCAACGGGUGAACUCGACAUACGACAUUCUUUUUUGUAAUACAGUAAAACUUUUGGUUCUCGAUCUCUGAAUUGCAACUUCUUUGUUCAAGAGGCAUGAAUCAAGUCAAAUCUCAUAUGAUUUUCUUCUUUAUUUAGAUGAAAGGGUCAUUUAGAGCUCCUUACAGUCGGAAUAUUUGGCAUUUUUGGUGAUUUAAGAUCCGAAUUGCAACUUCUUAUUUAUUUUUAGAUUAAGUUGCCUAAAUAGGUUGUUAUGGUCAGUUGUUUUA